UCGACGUCAUUAUAACAUUGCAUUAUGACGUUUGUCAAUCGGUUAGCGUUGAGGAUUUGUAUUGGUUUGACAUAAAUUAGCAAAGUUGAAAGUAAUGGGCUAUCGUUUUAUAAGGUAUUAUAAAUACCCCUUUUCAAUAGCAACUUAAACUUGCCAAUCCAGCAAACAUGACUAUAUCGGGCCGAUAUCGGCUGAAUAUCGACAUAUCGGCCAGUGUUUGCCGAUAUCGGCCCGACAUGGCAUAUUGACGGAAAAAUUGUAUGCGUAAUAAAACUAUACGAUUUAGAUUUGAAUGUUUAAAAAUAAUUACAUAAACAAUAGCUUUUAUUUUUCAUGGACAAAUAACGUUUCAAAAAUAUGACAAUAUCGGGUUGAUAUUGGCUUGAUGUAUACGUAGUAUUGCUUCAAGGGAGAGCAAUGCAUUUGUUGUAACUUUCACUGGCAGUUUAUUUCCCUUCAAUUAAUAAAUAUUUUAAUUCGCUAUCAUCAAAUAAUAAAACCAAUUUCAGUUUAUAUGGUAAUUUUUAAUGAAUUAUGGCGUUAAAAGAUUCAGAUCAUGUGUAUUUGAUAAUUAUCUACGAAAUUAUUUAGUUUAAUAUUCACUGCGGUAUUUGUGCCAUUUCAAAGAGAAGUUGAAAGUCAAAUAAUAUUUUUGGUUUUAUCAAUGGUAAGUACUGUUUUGAUCGUUGUUCGGCGCCUGAAUGUAAGGCAUUAUUCUAGUACUAUUCUUUAUAUACUCAGUUUUAUUCUCGAAAGUAAUAAAUACUUUUAUUUAGAGUAAAAUGUCGAAAAGAAAUGUGUAAUAUAUUUUCUGUGACUAGUUCUCUUUGUUGUUUUAUCAGUUUGAUUAAAAUCAGCAUUAAGGUAGCAUGCGAAAUCAUGUGCACACAAAAGCAAAGUAUUGCAUUGAUGUUUGGGUUGGGUUUCCACGAUUAUUUUUAACUGCUACCAUUGAAGACAAAUUUAAAAGUAACAUUUUGUUAUCAACUAUGAAUUAUAAUAGAAACACAUUUUAUUUUACAGUACUGUAUAAUAUGGAAAUAUCGAAGUUGCAGAGAGCGGACAACUGAAAAUUGAAAAACCAUUUAUAUUAUAUAACUUUUUCAUACUAUGUAAGUAACCUUCAGUCUGUCAGGAUGGUGUGUCUGCAUUUAUGUAAUGUUUGUGAAGCAAAUUAAUUGUUGAUACAUAAUUCUGUUCAUGAUGUACAUUUAGAUGGAAAGUAUUGAUAAAAAGAGGUGAUUUAGGCUAUUUUACACAUAAGAAAAAACAAGAUGAUUAUGCCAACCAUUAAAUUGACCUAAAGGGGGGAAAUGAUCAGGAUAACCGAGUAAUGCAUUUGUUAAAUGUGACAGUGGCAAUGGCAGGACUGCUUUGCAAGCAUCACAACAGUAACUUCAAGAUCCCCAAACAGUUGCACCAUAUCUACAGUACAAGCACUUAAUCCAGAGGCUGUCGUUAAAUUCCGUCGUUUCUCACGGGAGAGGUACGAGAGACAUAUGCCGCCAGAAUGAGGACAGCAUCGCAAAGAGAUGGUGGAAAAGAAAUAAAGAUGGAAAUGAAGCAGACCCUGCUGUCUGAGUGCAUCCUUGGAACACCAGGAUGAAAAAAACAACAAUCUUAUGUUAAAAACCCUUAAUAUUUAAUGCAGGAGCUUAACCUUAAGUAUUGUUCAAUGAAAUAACUAUUACUUCAAGUCUUAUUUUGUUUGUUUAUUUAUACAGUGACAGUCUGUGUGUAUUAUGGCCUGUCUGUGUAUCAUAACUUGUCAGUUCAUGAUGUAAAACCUGCUCAGGGGUUUUAUCCACAGUCUGUUAUAACCCUAUUGUUUGAAUAUUUAAUGCAAUGAUAAUAAAAAUUUGUAAGAUCAAACAGUUUUUUUAUGGUAGGUUUUCAUCGCAUUAAAAUGUUUCUCUCUUAAGACAAAACAAGACAAAAUCGUGUGUAUAACUAUCAUGUUCUGUUGUCAUUGACCAUGACAAUCCAGCUGUAUGAGAAUAGGGACGAAAUAGGAUCUCGGCAUCAUGCUUGCUAAAUGUCGGCUUCUUACAAUAUGCCGACAUUGGCCCGAUGUCUAGCCGUGUUGCACAUCCGACAUCGGGCCGAUAUAAAAUGUUUGCUGGGUAAAUUCUCUUUGUCAACUUUUACAUUCAUAUAAGGUUUAACUACUGGUGAGCCAAUGUAUGAAUACAUAUAAUCCUACCUUAACUCAAUUAUAUUAUGUAUAUUAUGCGUUCUGCUUAUACUGUUUUAUUUUACAAACGUAAAUCAAAUUGACAUACCUUCCGUGUUCACAUCAGGCGAUGGUAAUACUUGGCUGUUCCUGCGGGUUGAACGACGUAAAAGCUGAUAUAAACAAGCUGAUAACAAAGUCCUUCGACCUUGUGACGCCCGAAAUGAAAAGCCUCCGUGAGAACACUAUUUGGUUCUUUGAGGACAACUGUGAUGAAGAAUUCUACGUGGAAACAGAUCGAUUUAAAGACGCCAUUCGUUUACUGAAAGAAAAGCAUUGCAUCGUGAUAACUGGCCAUCCCGGGGAGGGGAAAACUGCAAUGGCAGCCAGGCUGGCCCUGGCUGACGGCACAAAGCCCGAAAACUGCCUGAAAUUGGAGCAUGCAGGAGACUGGAGAAAAGUGGAUUGGUCAUUAAAGCUUUUCAAUACGGUCAUUGUAGACGAUAUAUUUGGAGAAGGCGCACUCAACCAGACACUUGUUGCUGAUUGGAAACCGUACCUGUCUGAAAUGGAAAGAGCUGCAAAGCAGAAACGUUUGAGAAUCAUAAUUACCACCAGACACUACAUCAAAGAGGAGGCUUUGGAGGUAAUGGACAAGCUCAAUGUAUUUAAUGACAAGGAAGGAUGCGUUUUGCUCUUGUCGUCUUCGAGGUACUUGUCGUCUAAUGAAAAGAAAGAAAUUCUAAUGUCAAGGGCAAAGAAAAACCAAUCUGAGGACAUGAUUGACACCUACAACAUUGAAUACGAAGAUUGUGUGAGGAAGGCAGAAGGAGUAAUGAAGAUGCAAGAAGGUCAAAGAGAAGACCUUGUGUUUGGGUUUCCGCAGUGUGCGACAUUUUUCGUCCGAAGUGAGGCUUUGAUCAGACACGGUUCUGUAUUCUUCAGCAAACCAGAAAUACACUUCAAAACAUAUAUUGAACAGCUAUACAGAGGCAAGGAUGAAGAGCAGUUCCAUAAGUUCUUGGCUUUGGUAGCUCUUUGGGCAAAACCGAACAUGAAAAUGAAAGAAAUUGAUUUACAAAAUGUCAGAAAAGUGUCUGAUCAUGUGAAAAUUGUUGCAGACUGUUUUGGAAUUCAAGUUGAUAACCCUUUUCUUGAAACUUUAAAAUCUUCCCUGAAAAGCCAUUGCCAUGACCUGUUGCUGUUGAUCGAUCAUUCUGGGGAUUUCACGUUUAGUCACAAUGUGAACGGGGACAUGGUUGGGGUAGUCCUUGGAAGUCACAAACUCAUGGAAUGCAUUGAGUUAUGCCCGAGAGAUUUCCUUAUGGAACGCGUUACUAUCGCAUCAGCCAGAGAGGGCGAAUUUCGUGUUGAAGUGCCACCAAGGCACUAUGGCGCUUUGUGUGAAAAGUUUGCAAAAAUGAUUGGUAAAAUUAAAUGCAGCCCUAUGGCAAAGGAGCCUCCACACUACGAAUUUCAACAGCUCCAACGUCAAGGUCCCCGUUCGAACAUCGUUGAUGCGCUCUGUGACAUUGACUUUGGUAUAGUAAAACACAGCGCAUUUAAAGACGAAUGUUUCGUGAAACAAUUCAUCAAAUACAUCCGUGAAAAGCAUCUCGAUCAGGAUCUUUUCACUGUUCCUGUAAUGAAAAUGACAGGGUACUUCCUUGACUACGGUAUCAAAAUGACAGAAAUGGUGAUGUACCUUCCGGGUUAUACGCUUUACAGUGGACUGACUGUGUUAGCGAAAGAAUUGAUUGAGCAAGACAUUUUUCCAAAGGACCAAAUCGAUCCACUUCUACUCGCAACACAUUCCGGUGAUAUUGGCAUGAUGAAAUUACUUCUAAGACAUGGUGCGAAAGUUUCGGGAGACACAAUAUAUGUCGCGAUGCAUAAAAGAGGAAACAUGUCUGAAACAAACGAGGUCCUCGAUAUAAUAGUUGAAUACCAAGGUUUAGAUAUCAAUGACAAAGGAAACGCCGUUAAUGGGAAUUAUCCGUUGAUUGUUGCAGCAAGAAAGGGCUUUACCUAUGCAGUAAAAUGUCUGUUGCAGCAUGGCGCUGAUCCGUCCGUAAAAAAUGAUAAAAACCUGACGGCACUGCACAAGGCAGUCAUCUAUAAGCAUGACCUUAUCAUCCAACUUCUCAUUGACUAUAAUUCGCCAUUGGACGAGAAGGGUGGAAAAUUUAAGAGGUCGCCUCUUCAUAUUGCUGCUGAUCUUGGUUUACGUGAAAUCGUCGGAAUGUUUUUGAGCAAAGGUGCAAAUGUAAAGAUCAAGGACCAUCGUGGCCACUAUCCGAUAUUUUUGGCAGCCAUCAGGGGUCAUUCUGAAACAGUCAGUGUCCUUUUAAAGCAUGACAAAAGCCAGGAUAGUUUGAGGAUUGCAUCGUAUGGCGAGAACUCGUUCAUCAAAGGCAUGUCACUGUUUCAUGUAGCAGUUUGGAAGAACGACAGGAAGCUGAUCCAACUGCUAAUCGACGAGAACGUAAAUCCUAACGUAAAAGACUUCUUUGGUCAAACCCCGUUGUUCUAUGCCAUCAUGACGGACAGGAAAACUGCAACGCGCAUGUUGUUUCAAUGUGCCGACAAAACCAUGCCCCAGAAACAGGGAUACACGCCAUUGCACGCGGCCAUUCACAAGGGAAAUAUCAAACUUGUAGCCAAACUAGCUGCAGAAGUGGACGUUAAUGCGGUUGACAAGUACGGUCGGACACCUCUGCAUGUUGCGUGUGAAAAGGGAAAUUUAAACGCCGUAAAUCUAUUACUAAACAAAUACAAUGCAGAUCCACUUAUGAUCACAAAACGAGGAGACACAGUUUUCCAUAUUCUGAGACGCAGAAAAGGAAACAAAACUCACUUGGAUCAUUGUAAGCGCCGUUUGAUUGAGAUUAUUUUACUGGAAGCUCAUCCAGCAAUAUUUGAACGUGUAAAGGGUAUGCAGAACAACAAGGACGUAUCCAUUACUGACCUUCAAAAACUUGGUUCGGGUGACAUGGAAACUAUAACAGCUUUGAGGCGAAAUAUAAAAUCUGACUUUGAUGAGAUCAGCGACGAUGACGAAAAUGUAGCGUGGCCUAAAGCUCCCACUAAAAGAUUACUGCGUAUGAGAAGAAGAAUGCGUGUAACAGGCGCACUAAAUGAUUGGUUAUUGCAGAAUUUGCUUAGAAUGUAUUUCAGGUGGAAACUCUUCGGCUGUGGACAAUGGUGAUGAAUGCGAUUUUGAAGGUGGGAUUGAUUCUGGGGGAUAUUUUGAUUAUUUGUUUAACGUUAUGAACCUGAGAUGUUCUAAAAAAAAUUUUUUAAAUAAUGCAUAUUGUGUUCUUUGUAGCUAAUAAGCGGCGAUGAAUUGGUAGAAUUGUAUGAUUUUGAAUCAUAUAUGCAGUAUUGAUUGAAGACUUUCGUUUAUUGAAAUUAGCUUUAGAAGAUUUAUGCAAAAAGCUACAAAAACAAGCUCAGUAACAUUCAGACAUCUGUAUUAAAUACUGGAACAGUCUCUUGAAAUGUCGAAGGAAUAAUUUUUACAUUCUCGACUAAGAUAAUAUUUCGUAAACAUCAUGUAUAUUUCUACGAGCUGACAAGGGUUACCAACUAUAUGGACAUGCAAUCGGUUACAUACAAAGAAAUAUAAAAUGCAUGCCAUACAUUAUGGCAAUUACUGGUUGCACUUCGUCUCUUCAAUACUUCUUAUUAAUCUCCUGUAAAAAUCAAAUAAAUUUACACAUUUUGUGCCUACUACUUUUUAAUACUAGCUACAAAAAAUAAAGAGGUUUUGCAAAAAUAGCUAUGUAUUUGAAUUUUGCAGAUAAAAUAAGAAACAAUUUAUCAACAAUUGAGUAACAUGUACGAUGCUUAAUAACAACUAAACUUUUGGGAAUUCUGUGCUUGGUCAACUCCACGUUGUUUAUAUGUGUUAAUGUAUGCAUAUCUGUAUAUGGGCCUAUAUAUAUGCCACGAGACUGGCUCCGUCACGUCGAGCUAUCACAGUCGAGCGAAUUGAUUUAGGCAUGUCAAUUUAAGAAAAAAAGUUAUUCUAAAACAGCGUGAUUCAUUAGUUAGACAUAUAAACGAUAUGAUGUUUGUGAUUUUUUAAAUAUUGUUUUUGUAUUUUUCUAGAUAUCAGGAUGUUUUGAGAUAACAUUGAUAGUGUGGUAAAAAAAGAUUGAAAUUUAAGUUUUAGUCAAAUUGAAUAUUAAUUUAUCCUUACAUUUUUACACUUAUACGCUUUAUGCAAAUAAAUCCUAUCAUUGUAUAAUAAGACAUAUCGAUGGAUGUAUUGGUCUUCAUUUAUACAGAAGGCGAUGACGAUUUUGGUUAGAAAACGAAAACAUCAGUGAUUUGUUUUAAUUAAAUUAACAUCUAAAUAUCGAUUUGUCGGCUUGGCGUAUUGAUACGUAUCGCAUCAGCAUCGCAUCAUAUUUUAUUUAUGUUUGUUAUUUUUGUGUGCUGUGACAUUAACAGUUGCUUUCUUAUUAUAAUUGUUUGCAUUUAACUGGAACAUUAUAUAUGUCCUUGUUAUUUUGCUCAAUAAAAUGAAUUUUAUACCUG